UGUAAACAACCGUAAACAACCAUCAGUAUAUGCCUUAAGCCUUACCAAUAACCAACCCAGAGUCAUGAUAUCACGAACUGGAACUCCAGUUCCGGUAUCCCAGAAUAGUUUAUCGAAUAUUCAGGUUGUAGUACGAUGUAGGGGUCGAAAUGAGAAAGAAAUUGCGGCCAAGUCUGCCAUAGUGACGGAGCUACCGAAUGAUCGAUACUCCAUAAUUGAUCCGUAUAUCACCAUCAACCAGACAAAUCAGGGUGUUAGUGGUGGAUCAGGUCAUGAGUUUAACAACUACAAAACCUUUAAAGUUGAUCAAGUGUAUGGGUCACAAGCUGAUCAGAAUCUUAUGUUUGAAAAAGUAGUAACUCCACUUUUCAAUGACUUCCUAAUGGGAUUUAAUGUGACUGUAUUAGCAUAUGGACAAACAGGUACAGGUAAGACCUAUACUAUGUGUGGAAAUCCCGAAGAGUUAAGUCAAGAUUAUGAUGAAUUAGAGGAUGGAGGAGUGGAAUUCAAUGAGAAUGUAGGGAUUAUCCCUCGAGUUUUAGUGGAAUUAUUCAGGAAAUUGAAUGGUGAUGAUGAUUAUGUAGUCAAAUGUUCAUUUCUCGAGUUAUAUAAUGAGGAUUUGAAGGAUUUAUUAGAUGAUGAAUAUGAAGAAAACUCUAAGAAUAUUAAGAAGAGGCUUCGAAUCUUUGAAGUUAAUAACAAUAACAAUAAUAAUAAAAAGAGUAUAUUGAUUCAGAACUUGACUGAGGAAUAUAUCAAUAGUUUCAAUCAAGGCUUUCGAUUAUUGAAGAAAGGAUUGAAAAAAAGGAAAACUGCAUUCACGAAAUUGAAUGAUUUUUCUUCAAGAUCACAUACGAUCUUUACCAUUAAUUUAUUCCGGAAACAGCCAAAUAGUUCUGAAUUAUUCAGAAUAUCUAAAAUGAAUUUGGUGGAUUUGGCAGGAUCAGAAAAUAUUAAUAAGUCAGGAGCCAUUAAUCAACGAGCCAAAGAAGCCGGAUCAAUUAAUCAAAGUUUAUUAACUUUGGGGAGAGUCAUUAAUUCAUUGAGUGAAUUGAAUAGUACUACUAACACCAGUACCAAAAAGGAUUUAAGUCAUAUACCAUAUCGAGAAUCCAAAUUAACAAGAUUAUUACAAGAUUCAAUUGGUGGAUCAACCAAAACAACUUUAAUUGCUACUAUAUCUCCUGCUAAAAUAAAUAUAGAAGAAACUUUAUCAACUUUGGACUAUGCUUCUAAGGCUAAAAAUAUUAAAAAUGUACCUAUAAAUGGUCAAGAUUGUGAAUCUAUAAUGAAGAGGAUAUUAGUAAAGAACUUAUCUAAUGAAUUAAUUAAGAUGGGUUUAGAUCUUAGUUCUACGAGAUCUAAGAAUGGUAUUUAUCUUAAUGAAGAAAAUUAUCAAGAAAUUAUAGAAACUUCUAAUAGUUUAAAAUCCAGUCUAAAGGAAGUUAAUGAUGAGAAUACUUUAUUGAAAUUAAAAUUAAAGAAAUUCGAGUCAAUAAAUGUGACUAACCAGAAAUCAAUUAGAACCUUAAAUCAAGAAAUUGAAGAAUUAAAGCGAUUAAAUGAGGAUUUGCAUCAUACUAACAAUAAGUUAAAUACAUCAUUAGAUGAUAAAGAUAACAAAUUAAAAGAUUUGAGUUAUACAUUUAAUCAAUUCACUGAAAUCUUAAAUGAAAAUCUAAGCCUAUCAUUUUCAACAAUUGAACCAUUAUUAACUAGUUUUAAUGAAGCCAAUGAUAAAGUAGACGAUUCAAACAAUUUACUUAAAUCAUUCCAAAACUUUAAGUUCGAACUAGUAGACAGAUUAAAUACCAUCAAGCUUAACUUGAAUGAAUUCUCCAGCACAAAUUUACCUUCAAUUCUUAUAGAAUUCAAGCAAUUAUUUAAAAAACUCCAUCAAACCUUUGAAACUCACUAUCAUAGUUUUGAAGAGAAUGUUAAGAAGAUGAAAUUAAAUAAUGAGAAAUUACUCAAUUACAUUGCCAAUACAGAAAUCAAUAAUGAUAAAUUAGAACAAUUGAUUAAGGAGAAAGUUGCUGGACAAUUGAAGAAAAUGUAUAGUGAUUUCAAUACAAAUCUCAAUCAAUUAGUUGAGGAACAUCAGAAGUCUUCCUUACUAUUUGUUAAUGAUUCAAUUAAAUCGAUUAAUCAUGAUAUAGUAACCGAUUACCAAUCCAAAUUAAUAACAACAUCCCAAGACUGGAAUAAAGUCAAUGUAAAGUAUACCACCAAUAUAGAGAAGGACAUACAAGCUAUGAAUAGCCAAUUAAAUGAACCACCAAUAAUUGAAGAUUCUAAAGUUAAGGACAUAAUCCACCUUCAGGAUCGCAAUAUCAAUGACUUGAAACAUGUCAUGAAAAUGCUUAAUGAUGAGGAUACUUCUAACCAUAAGAAGAUCUCCAAACAAAUCAUAGACAUCAAUAAAUUCAAUAGCUCAUUACUUCUUCAGAAUGAUAACCUUAAGAAUGGAAUUAUUGAUAUAAAUAAGAGUUUACGAGUGAUUCUGAAUACAGUAGAACCUACUGCCACUCAUAUUUCACCAUCUCGAAAGAGUGUUAGUCCUACGAGAAGAUUGCUGCCAGCCAAGGAGAACUUAAAGAUUUCGUCCAAGAUUCCCAAACUUACGAAUCUGGAGAUGUUCCCACCGCUGAAGAAACGGAAAGUGCUACACCAAACUGAUAGAGCCAAUAUGUAAUAUAUAAUAUAUAAUAUAUAGUAAUUAAUAAUUAAU